CUAGUUUGCUCGCAAGAAAGAAAAUCACAGCUAUGUGCUACAUUCACAUGCGCUGUGUCGGAAUGAGUGAAUUUAAAUAAAUAGAAUUUGUAUUUUCUUAUUUUAAGAAAGUACAUACUGAACUUUAGAAGUUUAUCAACUUCUUCAGGAUAGCUUACCUGUUGAAGAGGUGUUACAUGGUAAAAGGGGAUAUUCCAACAAGAGGAAGCCUUUUCACUGGUUCCACACUUGACCUUGAAAAGGACACAACAUGCCGAAACCUAUUAAUGUCCGCGUCACUACAAUGGACGCCGAGCUGGAGUUUGCCAUCCAGCCGAGCACUACAGGCAAACAGCUCUUUGACCAGGUGUUGAGGACUGCAGGGCUUCGAGAGGUGUGGUACUUUGGCCUGCAAUACGUAGACAGCAAAGGAUACCUCACCUGGCUGAGAAACGAGAAAAAGGUAGUCGCCCAGGAGGUCAAGAAGGAGAACCCACUCCAGUUUAAGUUCCGGGCAAAAUUCUUCCCCGAGGAUGUGUCGGAAGAGUUGAUCCAGGAGGUCACCCAGCGUCUUUUCUUCCUGCAAGUGAAGGAGAGCAUUCUGGGAGAUGAAAUCUACUGCCCUCCGGAGACGGCAGUGCUGCUUGCCUCCUACUCUGUCCAAGCUAAGUUUGGCGACUACCACAAGUCCGCCCACAAUGCUGGGUACCUAACCUCUGAGCGUCUGCUGCCCCAACGUGUUCUGGAGCAGCACAAACUUUCCAAAGAGCAGUGGGAAGAGCGGAUCCAAAUAUGGCAUGCGGAACACCGCGGUACAACCAAGACUGACGGUAUGUUGGAGUACCUGAAAAUCGCUCAGGACCUGGAGAUGUAUGGAGUCAACUACUUUGACAUCAAAAACAAGAAGGGAUCGGACCUGUGGUUGGGAGUAGAUGCUCUGGGCCUCAACAUCUAUGAGAAAGAUGACAGGCUGACUCCAAAGAUUGGAUUUCCUUGGAGUGAGAUCAGGAAUGUCUCGUUCAGUGACAAGAAGUUUGUAAUCAAACCGAUGGACAAGAAGGCACCGGACUUUGUGUUCUACGCCCCUCGCCUGCGCGUUAAUAAGCGCAUCCUGGCCCUGUGCAUGGGGAACCACGAGCUGUACAUGCGCCGCCGUAAGCCCGACACCAUCGAGGUGCAGCAGAUGAAGGCCCAGGCUCGUGAGGAGAGGCACCAGAGGCAGAUGGAGAGAGCCCUGCUAGACGGUGAGAAGAAGAAGCGGGAAGCCAUGGAAAGGGAGAAGGAACUAAUGGAGAGAGAGAAACAGGAGCUGAUGAUGAGGCUGUGCCAGUUUGAGGAGCAGUCAAAGAAGGCUGAGAGAGCCCUGCAGGAGCAGAUGGAGAGGGCCCUGCAGCUGGAGUUGGAGCGAAGAAGGGUGGAGGAGGAGGCUGCGAGGCUGGAGGCAGAGCGCUAUGCCGCUCUGAAGGCUAAAGAGGAACUGGAGAGGCAGGCGGAGGACCAGGUCAAGAGUCAGGAGCAGCUGGCUGCAGAGCUUGAGGAGUACACCUCCAGGAUUGUACUGCUGGAGGAGGCCAAGCGGGCCAAGGAGGAGGAGGCCGAGAGGUGGCAGAGUAGGGCUCAAGAGGUGCAGGAUGACCUCAUGAAGACCAAAGAGGAGCUGAUUAUGGUACAAACAGCGCCGCCACCGCCCCCACCACCACCAGAACCUCCCGUCGCUCCCCUGGUGGAGGAGCACGUGGACGAGAUGGAGCAGGAUGACAGCGAGGAGAACAGCACCUACAGCGCCGAGCUACAGAGCGAGGGCAUCGACGACCACCGCAACGAGGAGGAGCGCCUGACCGAGGCCGAGAAGAACGAGCGCGUGCAGAAACAGCUGAUGGCACUGAGCUCGGAGCUGGCCCAAGCCCGUGACGACUCCAAGUCGACCCAGAACGACGUGCUCCACACAGAAAACGUGCGGGCCGGCCGGGACAAGUACAAGACUCUGCGGCAGAUCCGUAUGGGCAACACGAAGCAGAGGAUCGAUGAGUUCGAAGCCUUGUAAUAGAGUACAUGCUCUGAGACCAAGUCAAAUUGAACCCCCUGUUUGCACAGACACUCCCUCUUUCACCACGGCCAUAACUACUGUCCCCAUAACCACAUCCACUAUCCACACAGCCACUCCCACUGUCUCUGCAGAUAGAGCUAGACACCCCAACUUUGCAUGAAAAUCUCUGAGCUACAAAGGUACCAACUGUUAGGGUGUUUCUGUAGCAGCUUCCGGUUUACGGCACUAUAGAGCAGAGUGUGUUAUGUACUCAACAAAUGGAUACUCCAAUAGGGGAAACACGCAUUAAGUUUAUUCCUAUGACUAAGUAGAAAAAGCCUCUCUUACUUCAGAAAAGGUAUUGUUUUAAAGGUAUAUUUUUUUAAAGAUCUCAUGAUUUCAGAAUCAAUGAAAAGGAACAACCAGCAAUGUAAGAAAUGAAGAUAUAUAUAUAUAUAUACACUAUAUAUAAUCAAUAUGUGUAAAAUGGGGAAACAUCUGCCAUUUUACACAUAUUGUAAAUGUGGCUGUUAAUUGCAUUGUAGAUACUGAUGAAGUAGAACUUUUUGCUGAUUUAAUUCUGGAGCUCAAUUUGCCAGUUACCUGUGCUGAUCUCUUAGGAUUAUUAGUUCAGAUUGCUUUCCCAGACAGUGAUAUUGCUUUUACACAUGUAAGUGAGGAAGACUGUUAUUGUGGAAAUGUUUGCAUAAAUCAAAUUUGCCUGCAAAUUAAAAACUAGAAAAUGUCCCCUUGCACCUGAAAUCAGCUGUGGGAAAACUGCACGACCGGUUAAUUGCAAAAUGAAUUGUGCUUUGUGCAAACGUUGCAGUGAAAUAUCAUCUGGUUUUUCAAUAUUUUUUUCAUUCUGCCUGUCCUUCAUAACCCUGUUUAUUAUGCAUUUACACUAGCACAAAUUAUUAACAGAACUUAAACUGGAAACCGUGACAUUUCACUCUUUUAAGCAAUGCUACAUCAAAAUCAUUUCUUCUGUUUCAUUGUGAAUGAUGGAACUGACUACAGUAUUUGAGCUUUUUAUGGAACUGUACUGCGUUCAAAUGACAUUGGCAAAUAAUCACCCUGGUGUUGUAUUGGUAUGCUCUUCUUAAUUUUUCGCUUGUAUGUUACUAAAGAUGAGUAACCUCAGUCUUAUUUGCUUCGGUUGACUUUGGCUGGGGGGUGGUGGUGUCUAGAAUAUAUGAUAUUUUUAAAGAAAUUACAUUGUUUUCGGAUUUUCUGUAGGAAUGGAUCUUGUAAGCUGUACAGUGCUGUAACGUAUUAAUUCAGCUGAGCGCCUUAUAAUCUGUAAGAAGGCAUGGUGGACAUUCAGAAAGAUGGAAAGCCUGGUGUGAAAUUUUAAUUUGAUUUUUAGAGACACAGACACAGAUCAUUCCAAGAACAGAAAUGAUGGGUUGUUUAAUCUUAGAUGUAUAUUUUUCUCUUCUACAAUUAUAUUGAUGUUGAAUUUUACCGUUAUGUCCCAAUAUAUAGCAAAAUAACUUCUGUAUGUUUUUUUUUUUCCCAUACUAAGGUUUGGUGGAAGUGUGCGUUGUUUAACCAGUUGAAUUUAGCUUUGAAUUGGGCCACUUUGCUGUAUGCUGAAUUGCUUAAGUUAACAUCCAGAUACAGUGCAGUCUGUAUGUAUUUUGACAGUGACCCACUUCUUGUUGCCUAUACUCUUGAUUCUUCGGUCAUCAACUGUAAAGUUCUUUAUGGUUUCAUUUAGAAUCCAAUAUGCUGGUGUAGGGAACAGAAAUUGUACCACUGUCCAAAUACUUACGGACUGCACUGUAUAUAAAAUUGAUAAUGUGUAAACAAAUAUAUAUUUAGUAAACUAUUGCAUCUGCUAAGCAUUUGAAAAAAAGUAUUAAUCUUUGUAUCCAACUUUCCAACUGCUCCAAAACCCUGUCAUCUGUCAUGUCCUUACCCAAAUAAACCUUUAAGCUCACAA